AUGACGGACACUGUCCAGGGAGGCAGAGAGAGGGAGAAGACGGACACUGUCCAGGGAGGCAGAGAGAGGGAGAAGGCGGACACUGUCCAGGGAGGCAGAGAGAGGGAGAAGGCGGACACUGUCCAGGGAGGCAGAGAGAGGGAGAAGGCGGACACUGUCCAGGGAGGCAGAGAGAGGGAGACGACGGACACUGUCCAGGGAGGCAGAGAGAGGGAGAAGGCGGACACUGUCCAGGGAGGCAGAGAGAGGGAGAAGACGGACACUGUCCAGGGAGGCAGAGAGAGGGAGAAGACGGACACUGUCCAGGGAGGCAGAGAGCGGGAGGAGACGGACACUGUCCAGGGAGGCAGAGAGAGGGAGAAGGCGGACACUGUCCAGGGAGGCAGAGAGAGGGAGAAGACGGACACUGUCCAGGGAGGUAGAGAGAGGGAGAAGGCGGACACUGUCCAGGGAGGCAGAGAGAGGGAGAAGGCGGACACUGUCCAGGGAGGCAGAGAGAGGGAGAAGACGGACACUGUCCAGGGAGGCAGAGAGAGGGAGAAGACGGACACUGUCCAGGGAGGCAGAGAGAGGGAGAAGACGGACACUGUCCAGGGAGGCAGAGAGCGGGAGAAGACGGACACUGUCCAGGGAGGCAGAGAGAGGGAGAAGGUGGACACUGUCCAGGGAGGCAGUGAGAGGGAUAAAUGUUUAAGAGUAGACGGACACUGUGGGAGAGAGGGAGACGACGGACACUGUCCAGGGAGGCAGAGAGAGGGAGAAGACGGACACUGUCAGGGAGGCAGAGAGCGGGAGAAGACGGACACUGUCCAGGGAGGCAGAGAGAGGGAGAAGGUGGACACUGUCCAGGGAGGCAGUGUGAGGGAUAAAUGUUUAAGAGUAGACGGACACUGUGGGAGAGAGGGAGAUGACGGACACUGUCCAGGGAGGCAGAGAGAGGGAGAAGACGGACACUGUCCAGGGAGGCAGAGAGAGGGAGAAGGCGGACACUGUCCAGGGAGGCAGAGAGAGGGAGAAGGCGGACACUGUCCAGGGAGGCAGAGAGAGGGAGAAGGCGGACACUGUCCAGGGAGGCAGAGAGAGGGAGACGACGGACACUGUCCAGGGAGGCAGAGAGAGGGAGAAGGCGGACACUGUCCAGGGAGGCAGAGAGAGGGAGAAGACGGACACUGUCCAGGGAGGCAGAGAGAGGGAGAAGACGGACACUGUCCAGGGAGGCAGAGAGCGGGAGGAGACGGACACUGUCCAGGAAGGCAGAGAGAGGGAGAAGGCGGACACUGUCCAGGGAGGCAGAGAGAGGGAGAAGACGGACACUGUCCAGGGAGGUAGAGAGAGGGAGAAGGCGGACACUGUCCAGGGAGGCAGAGAGAGGGAGAAGACGGACACUGUCCAGGGAGGUAGAGAGAGGGAGAAGGCGGACACUGUCCAGGGAGGCAGAGAGAGGGAGAAGGCGGACACUGUCCAGGGAGGCAGAGAGAGGGAGAAGGCGGACACUGUCCAGGGAGGCAGAGAGAGGGAGACGACGGACACUGUCCAGGGAGGCAGAGAGAGGGAGAAGGCGGACACUGUCCAGGGAGGCAGAGAGAGGGAGAAGGUGGACACUGUCCAGGGAGGCAGUGUGAGGGAUAAAUGUUUAAGAGUAGACGGACACUGUGGGAGAGAGGGAGAUGACGGACACUGUCCAGGGAGGCAGAGAGAGGGAGAAGACGGACACUGUCCAGGGAGGCAGAGGGAGAAGGCGGACACUGUCCAGGGAGGCAGAGAGAGGGAGAAGGCGGACACUGUCCAGGGAGGCAGAGAGAGGGAGAAGGCGUACACUGUCCAGGGAGGCAGAGAGAGGGAGACGACGGACACUGUCCAGGGAGGCAGAGAGAGGGAGAAGGCGGACACUGUCCAGGGAGGCAGAGAGAGGGAGAAGACGGACACUGUCCAGGGAGGCAGAGAGAGGGAGAAGACGGACACUGUCCAGGGAGGCAGAGAGCGGGAGGAGACGGACACUGUCCAGGAAGGCAGAGAGAGGGAGAAGGCGGACACUGUCCAGGGAGGCAGAGAGAGGGAGAAGACGGACACUGUCCAGGGAGGUAGAGAGAGGGAGAAGGCGGACACUGUCCAGGGAGGCAGAGAGAGGGAGAAGACGGACACUGUCCAGGGAGGUAGAGAGAGGGAGAAGGCGGACACUGUCCAGGGAGGCAGAGGAGAGGGAGAAGGCGGACACUGUCCAGGGAGGCAGAGAGAGGGAGAAGGCGGACACUGUCCAGGGAGGCAGAGAGAGGGAGACGACGGACACUGUCCAGGGAGGCAGAGAGAGGGAGAAGGCGGACACUGUCCAGGGAGGCAGAGAGAGGGAGAAGGCGGACACUGUCCAGGGAGGCAGAGAGAGGGAGAAGACGGACACUGUCCAGGGAGGCAGAGAGAGGGAGAAGACGGACACUGUCCAGGGAGGCAGAGAGAGGGAGAAGACGGACACUGUCCAGGGAGGCAGAGAGCGGGAGAAGACGGACACUGUCCAGGGAGGCAGAGAGCGGGAGAAGACGGACACUGUCCAGGGAGGCAGAGAGAGGGAGAAGGUGGACACUGUCCAGGGAGGCAGUGAGAGGGAUAAAUGUUUAAGAGUCCAACAAUGACAUGGGGGGCAAAGAGGCCAUGCACCUGACCCUCCAGCGCUGUUAUGGACUCCCUUAGGGGGGUUCUACUCUCUGAGAACCGCUUUUGUUCUCCGAACAAAGUUCUCCCAUUUGAGUACCACUACCGUUCUCGCACGCCCCGAGAGGUUCUAACUUUGAUAGAAGAGCCUGUUCACAUUGACUCAGAUACGGAGCUCUCAGUGUACGACAACGAAUUGUGUAACACCUCCCCCUUCCCCUCUAAACCACAAGAGGUAGAGGAUUCACAGGACAGCACCAGGCAGUCUCCAGAGGGGGGGACCACCCAGGCUCUGAGCCCCAGCCAGGUGGGAGGCAGAGCAGAGAAGGGGUGGAGGAUGGAGAGGGCAAAGGAGGAGGAGGAGAAGAGGUCAGCCCAGUGGCGGUGUGAGGAGAUGGAGAUGGAGAUGGAGAUGGAGAUGGAGGGAUGCAGCCUGGAGAGUGAUGGAAAAGAUUGA